AUGGUAGCUACUCUCACUUUCUCUGAUAUCAUGUCAGUUGAGCUGAAUGAUCUCGCUGUCUGUCCUCUUGAGGAUGAUAAUUUAUUGGAUUUCAUCAGAUUCGUGGAUGUUACAGCAGCUGCGGAUCCGAAGCUUUCGGUCCCCGAACAGGCAUUUGUUUUGUGUAGCGGGGAACUGCACCGUCGUUCACAUCCACAUGACGAUUUGAUCGACGAGCAGUCACUGACUUACGUAACAGCCGUCGUUCGUGCGGUUGCGGGGGCGGAUAAAAAUAAGGUAAAAGAUGAUGGGGCUUCAGAAAGUGUUCCGAAAAAUGCAGUUUCGUGGCCCAUACUCACUGAAGCGCUCUUCAAACGAGGCUCAUACGAAAGGCGGUCGCUAGCCAGGACAGAAAGGGCUAUUCGUCAGCUUGAAGAAAUAGCAGCUCAGUUUUCUUCUCCAGCACCUGAGACAGAACAAAGAGGCAUGCAACACUUUUUCUGGUCCCGAAUGCCAUCGCAGUGGCAGAUAGAGCUGUCGCUCGCUCGUGUUCUCACCAAAAUCGGCUCAACCAAAAGCGCGCUUGAUAUUUAUCUCCGAUGGCAACAGUGGGAUGAAAUUAUUAACUCCUAUACUUCACUCGGCAAGCGUGACUUGGCUGAAGAGGUGAUUCGUGAGCGCAUUGCUAGUGGAUGUGCGACUCCGGAACUCUAUUGUUGUCUUGGUGACGUGACUUCUGACAUGGCACACUACAGGACCGCUUGGGAGCUGUCGAAACACAGAUCAGCCAGAGCCGUUCGCAGUCUGGGAUACUACGCUUUUAGGAAAGACAAGAAUGUGAAGAAGGCUGCUGAGUGCUUUGAGGCUUCCCUGGAGAUAAACCGUUUUCAGAGCACAGUCAUUGGCCUUGCUGAAAGAGGCUACCAAAUGGAACUUCGAUUCAUGGAGAAUUUGGGAGAACAUUUUGCUGGUCAGUGUUGUGUUCCAUUUACCACCAUCUUUCUCCUGGACGUCAGCGUAGAAUAUGUUCUUGAAAGAGAGGGCUCGCUGCCUCUGCUUCAGGUUGGUAUGGAUGAGGGCUCCUUUGGGGACGUGAUCAGCGCCUACCAUCGCCUGAUUGACCUGCGCCAAAAGCACAUCGACUCGCAGGUUCUGGGCAUGCUCACAAAGGCGGUGUCUGAAAACCUACCGGACAGCAAGAACUGCGGCGCUGCUAGGUACCGCAAAGACCUCCUCACCCUCUUUGGUCGCGUCACGGCUACCAACCCCUCGGAUGCGGACACCUGGCGAUACUAUGCGAAUCUUAUUCUUGAUUCUAAUGCUGAAGCGGGCCCUGUCCAAUUCCAACGAGCGGUUCAGUACAUCCAACGGUCCUAUCAAUGCCGCCUCCGAUCUGCGACUCCGGACUGGGAAUUCAAUAAGACUGCGCGAGAGGAGCUUCUGGCGGACCUGCAAGCCAUGGCGAAGCUUCUCAUUUCCACCGGCUGCGUGGACAACUUUACAUCAGAUCCAGAGAUGAAGCUCUUCAUUACUUCCGCUCUCUCCUCUCUUAGAAUGAAUAUCAACGUGUACAUCGCAAGACUUAAGUCGGCCAUUAAUAAGUGCGUGGGUAAUGAGCCUCAGGAGGAACUUGCCGCAGUCACUAAAAUGUUGUCGGAUCUUAACGGCACCAUUAAUGCUGCUCUGAAUGACUUAGUUGUGCAGUCGAUUUUCCGGGCUGCGGCAGGGAAUAUCUGGAGUCCAAGUGGUGGUCGCCGUUUCUUUGCCUCCGUAUUAUCACCCUUCGUGCAGGGCACGAAGGGUGAUUUCCACCAAUUGGGCUGUGCCAAGUUCAUUCAACGCAUGCGCCAGAACCUGAUUGAGCGAAAUUCCGAGGCGAAUUUAGACGAAAUGCUUUCACUUUAUCAGCGCCUUCAAAACGGCGAAAAAGAUCUCCAGUCUAGGAUAGAGCAUCUCUACCUUUCAUUACCGAAUUUUAGCCACCCAAGUACACCCGUAGGAGAUCCCAGCAAGUUUCGACUUCUCCAUCUCCAUGGUUCACCAAAACUUAUAUCACAACCGAAGAACGAGGUUGACUUACUGUCGAACGAAGUCGUUCCCCACAGAUGCGGAAAUCGAGCUCGUAGAACAGGACAUGGAACGCUGAGGUCGUCGGGAGCGCUUGUGGCUGGUUGCGGUUCCCGCGCCUAUGCUUUCUACGAUAGCCUUGCCGUCCUUGAAGCCGCCUUGCUCCAACUCACCCUUAAUCGGACCCGCGAAGCCGGAUUCCAACUUAUCGCGGUUCCUGACCUUCUCCUCUCUUCUGUCAUCCAACGCUGCGGGUUUCCCACCACUGGUGAUAGGAACCAGAUAUUCAAUAUUGCCGAACGAAAGGGAAGUGGUGUUGGCAAUGGAACCCUAUUCUCUCUGUCGGGGACAGCAGAGAUGGCACUGGCAGCAUUCUGUGCGAACCGUGUGUUUGGUGAGGUGGGGACCGCCGAGGCGGAGUUCUUCUGUGCAGUCAGCCGCUGCUUCCGUCAUGAGAUUGCACCACAGGAGUCUCUCCUUUAUCGGACGCAUCAAUUCACCAAAGUGGAAAUAUUUUGUGUGACCGAACCCUCUCCGGAAGUCGGGGACAAGGUCUUUGAAAGGAUUGUUGAAUUCCAAAAGAAACUCUAUUCAGAUCUCGAACUACACUUCCGUGUCCUGGAGAUGCCCACAAGCGAGCUCGGUAACUCUGCUCAUCGAAAAAUUGACAUCGAGGCGCUUAUGCCCGGUGAAGGAAUAUUUGGGGAGAUUUCGAGCACAUCAAACUGCACUGAUUAUCAAGCUAUUCGAUUGAACAUCCUUUGGAAGCAGGACUCUGCAGCGAAGCGUCAUCCUUACGCUUACACGUUAAAUGGGACCGGCUGUGCUGUUACGCGAAUUCUAAAGGCCCUUGUUGAAACACAUCAGAACUCUGAGAUGCGGUCAAUCGGGAGCUCCGGUGCUUCUAUUUGGGUGGAUUUUUUGACUGCAGAGAGGAGGCGAAUUGACGAAUUGGUGGAGGUCAAGCGCGACAAGGCCAACCACCGCUUGCAGCCGCCAAAACUACCCGUGAGCAAGUGCUCUGACUUCUUCUUCUACCAGACGCUUGGACGUGGGGGCUUCGGUGAGGUACGCCUCCUUCGACACAAAACAGCACAGACCUGGCACGCCGCCAAGAUACUGCUGAAGGCGUUUGUCAUAAGCAAGGGUCACGUCACCCAUGUCAACAACGAACGCGCUAUCUUGGCUCUGUGCGACAUGCCCUUUAUUGUGCAGCUCAACUAUGCUUUUCAGGAUUUGAAACGACUCUAUUUAGUGAUGGAAUUCGUGCCAGGUGGUGAUCUCUUUUCAAUGCUGCGACAUUUGCAUCGCUUCGAUGAACGAUUAGCCCGAUUCUACGGGGCACAAGUGCUUUUGGCCUUGGAGUAUCUCCACCACCUGCAAAUCAUUCACCGUGAUAUAAAGCCGGAGAAUAUAAUGAUUUCUCACAACGGCUAUGUGAAGUUGGUUGACUUCGGUUUUGCAAAAUUUGUGAUCCAUCGGACGUACACCUUUUGUGGGACACCAGAGUAUCUAGCACCAGAGAUUUUAAAGCAUCGUGGAUAUGGUUUUUCUGUGGAUUGGUGGGCUUUUGGGAUCCUGCUCUACGAGAUGGUUGUCGGUGCGUCGCCGUUUGUCAGUCGUGAUGUUGCCAACACUUACGCCAAGAUCCUCGAUCCCCGAUGCGAUCCACUGGGGAAUGUCAUCGCGAGUGGGCUGGUACGCAUAGGUGAAUUGCUGCGUCACCUAUUGCGACAGUUGCUGCAGCGCGAGGUGUCCCGACGAUACGGAUCGUUGGCGAGGGAGGGCCCGCGGGAGAUUCGAAACCAUCCGUGGUUCGUCAGCAUAGACUGGGAUGGUCUCUUCGAGCAAAAGCUCUCCCCACCUUACGACUACGCGAUGACGCCCAGACCUUCAGUACAGGAAAAUGCAGAUCAGAAGGCCUCAGAAAAUAAUUUCACAAUAUUUGAAGAAUUCUGA